ACAUGUCGUCGUAAAAAUCCACAACGUUUCCGGCAAAAUAUCACCUCUCUGUUACCAGCUAGGCUGUUCUCAACAGCGACAUGGCCUCAGCUCCAGCACAACAGCCCACCCUGACAGUUGAGCAGACCAGAGUGGUGCUGAGUGAGGUGAUCCAGGCCUUCUCCGUACCAGAAAACGCCGCCCGGAUGGACGAGGCUCGAGAAAGUGCCUGCAACGACAUGGGAAAGAUGCUGCAGCUCGUGCUGCCGGUGGCCACGCAGAUUCAGCAGGAGGUUAUCAAAGCUUACGGAUUCAACAACGAAGGAGAGGGCGUUCUAAAAUUUGCCAGACUGGUGAAAAUGUACGAAACCCAGGACCCUGAAAUUGCAGCCAUGUCGGCUAAACUCAAGUCUCUCCUCCUGCCGCCUCUGUCCACACCACCUAUAGGAGGCGCCAUUCCAGCUUCAUAACUUUCAUGAUACAUACCUGGACAAAUUCAUUAUGAAGAGAGCUCCCUCAUGUGGAAAACAAACGACAUGUGAGUUCUUUUAGGUUGAGUCACCAAUGACAAAAAAGUAUGAGAAAGAUGCUGGAGGAGAUGACUUCACAUCUCAAAGUGACGGAAGAUGCUUUCGACGUAACCGAGGACCCUCUGCCAGUCCGGCCCGCCGGCCUUCAACAUCUCCUCCACUGACUGUCACACAGUUUACAUAGAAAGAUCAGAGCAUGUGAUGCUCUGUUUUCUAGAAACACGCUUGUUCUAUUACAAUAAAUCAUCAUUUUGAACUGAGGAAAGGCAUUUCAAGUAGUGCAACUUUUACAUUUUCUCCAUAUAUUUUGAUGUAACCUGGAUUAUACAUGAAACAUUU